AUGGACGCUCUUAGGGAAAAAUUCGACUGCCACCGCCAGAUCUGCAUGCGUCACUGGGACCUGAUUCUCGACUAUCCCAGAAUAACUAAAGAAACACCCGAAGCCAUAGACGAUCUUAUCGAGACAGUCAAAAAAUGUUCGGUCCCAAUCGGAGCACUCAACACGUUAUCGACGACCUCGAAACGCUACAUCACGGCCACGAUCACCUCUAUUGACGGCACAUACGAACGCAACUUGACGUUUCUGAUCAUACCGACUAUCGCGUCUUGGGUCCCAAACCAACCCGUAGAUCGCUCAACGAUACAGAUACCUAGGAAUCUCCAAUUAGCCGAUCCAAGAUUCCAUAGACCUGCUCCGAUCGAAAUAUUGUUGAGCGCCGGACCAACACUAGCAUCACUCUGUGUCGGCCAACUUGAUAUCAGUCAAGCAAACGGGCCCGACUUGCGUCUGCAAAAGACGAGAUUCGGAUGGGUCAUCGGGGGGAGCCCAACCUCACAAUCAUUAGCAUUCGCAUUUCACACCUCCACGACGGCUUUACAGGCGGACCUCGCCCGUUUUUGGGAAAUCGACGAGGGACCGCCCACCGCACGAAUUUCGGAAUCGGAACGACAGUGCGAGGAGCACUUUCGAAAUCACGUUCAACGCAACAACGAAGGGCGAUACGUUGUCGCUCUCCCAUUCAACGAAACAACUCCUCCGCUUGGAUCUUCGAAAGCCAUGGCAAUGAAGCGACUCACUUCCCUCUGCCGUCGAUUCCAACGAGACAAACAAUUCGAAGCCGACUAUCACGCCGUAAUACAAGAAUACUUGGAAUUAGGACAUAUGACGAAGAUCACCACGGACCACUGCACGGACGACGGAUAUUUUCUGCCACAUCACGGCGUGAUCAAAGAAUCCAGCCGGACUACAAAACUCCGAGUUGUGUUUGACGGAUCUGCACCAACCACCACCGGAAGGAUCGGAAAUUCCAACAAAUCUUGUGGCGCAACUCUGACGGAGAAGUUGACACCUAUCAACUUAACACAGUGA